AUUUCAAGGCAAAGCGCUUCUUGGCACAUGUUCAAAUUGUCUCAAGUUUUGUUAGCCUUCUCUCUCGGUUACUUCUGCUUCGUGUCGUGGUCGUUGUUUGAAGUAUUCUUCCCUUCGAACUGUAAAGGACCAUCAGGAUGCGUAACACCAGGAUGGAAGCCAGACGACGAACUCAAGAUACAUUUACAAUUUAUCAAAGGAGGGGUUUUCGUUGGAGAUAUUUCAACAACUGAGACUUUUAAAAUCAAUACUGGAUUAUUAAAGAAAUAUAACUGCAUGGUCGACAUACCUUUGACUAGCGAUUCUAUCGCAACUGUUCGCUUACGCUUGUUGACGAGUACCGGCUCAAUCAUUUCGAGCAGUGAUUUUAGCCUAUUGACUCAUAAGGAGGCAACUCGAACAGCUUUCAACUUGAUGACCAGCCAUGGAUCACCCAACAAUUCAAACAAGGAUCAUAGUUUGCUUGCGCCGUUUUGGCUAUCAACACUGCGUGUAUAUGUUCUUCAAACCCCAGUGUCCUUCAGUCGAUAUAAUAUGCCUGGUGAAAUAGUUCGGCGUAUUCAGCUUAGUUCAAAGGGGUAUUUACCAGUAAUAUAUGUUAACCCCAAUUUUCAAGCCUCAAGUGAUUGGUUAGAAGUCAACCAACCACCUGAAAAUCGUCGAUUAGAAAUGGUCCUAUCCAUUGAGCCACUUUCGAUUGGACAUUUGCGUUUGCGGUGUAUGUUGGAGGCAGUGGCUGAUCAGUUACUCUCUUAUGGUAUAAAAUCAAAGGAGAUUGACGAGAUACGUGGUAUUUUUCUCGACACCAAUUUAUACCUUCUGCUGACCACAUUAUUUGUUUCUGUUUUCCAUCUGUUGUUCAGUUUUCUGGCGUUUAAAAAUGAUAUUUCGUUUUGGCGUCGGUCAGAUAAUUCAGUUGGAAUUUCUUUACGAACUAUUGUGUGGAGAUUCGUCAGUUCCUUAAUUAUAUUUCUACAUUUAUGGGAAGAGAAAAGUAGCCUAAUAGUUUCUGUUCCAAUGGGAAUAUCUACUUUGAUAGAAUUGUGGAAGUUAGGUCGAAUGACUAAAUUUUCUAUUAGUUUUUAUCAUGGUGUCCGAUGGGGUAAACGGUCGAAGGAGGAAGAAGCAACCGAUCAAUUAGAUGCACAAUUUAUGCGGUGGCUGAUGUAUAUUAUGAUUCCUCUUUGUAUUGGUGGUUCGGUUUAUUCCUUAUUUUAUUUACCACAUCGAAGCUGGUAUUCUUGGUGUUUAGAGACAAUGGUUAAUGGUGUUUACGCUUUUGGAUUACUAUUAAUGACACCUCAACUUUUCCUCAACUAUCGAUUAAAAUCUGUAGCACAUUUACCAUGGAAAGCAAUGACUUACAAAGCAUUCAACACUUUUAUUGAUGACUUUUUCGCAUUCAUCAUCGUAAUGCCUACAUUACAUCGUAUUGCUUGUUUACGUGAUGAUUUAAUAUUUUUAAUCUAUUUAUAUCAACGAUGGCUUUAUCCGGUAGACAAAUCACGCAUCAAUGAAUUUAGUGAAAUGACUGAUGUUAAUUUCCAGUCAAAGUCUACUUCUGUUGUUACAAGUUCUAACAGUGAUAAAGGGAAAUCUAAACUAGCAUGAUUAAAUUAUUUAUUGGUGUUGUUCUUGUGAUUAUUCGUAUAGUCUGGCUUUUUAUCGAUGUAUCCAAGAAGACCGUUAUUUUAUUCUAUUCUGUUUUGUUUUAUAUGUUUUAUUUCCGUCUUAACUCAUUUGUAUAUUUGUCAAAUGUGGAUAUUUUUUUGUUAGUUAAAUAAUCAGUUAUUCUUAUGGUUUUAUGUUUAUUCAAUAGACUGUUUGGUCAUUAUAUUGAUCAAAACAAUAUCAUCUCACAAACUUACUAUCUAUGUACAAUUUCACUGUACUAAGUUAUAUGACAACUAUUAUACUAACCUGGCUACCCAAAGUUCGGUAGGCAUAGCUUCUAUGAAUAAGACCAUCAUGUAGCGUGAAAUAAACAGGCGGAUUACGAUUCUUAUCGAUAUUUGUUCAUCCCGUUUGAGAUUUUCAGCCAUAAAUUACGAUUGUAUUGUGAAUUCAAACUAUGAAUUGUUUAUUCCUUGAUGGAUUAAAACAGUCUACAAUAAUCUACUAUAUUAAAGACUGGACCAGUUAUGUCUCAGUACUUUGUAUUUCCCAUUUAAUUAAAAAGACAGCGAAUUCAUUACAGUCAGACGAAUUUUCGUCCCUAUUUCUGAAAACAUUCAAAAGAUCUCGUUGAUCAUAGAUGCUAAAGUUCAUAAAAGCACAGUAGCUUAAUCGUUAUUUAAUAUCGCCCAUAUCACUCAGUCGUCUACAACGUAGGAUCAGGCACAUAUAUGCAUCGGUCGAAGUUGCCACACCUCAUUAGCACAACAAGAUGAACAUCAAAUUAAUAGAAGUAGUUACUUCAAUGGCAGUAGUAUAUAUAAAAAAGAUUGCAUAUAAAAAUAUGAUACAGAGAAGAAUUAGUUCGUAGAAAGAAAGGUACAAAGUAAUUUUAAUCUCAAGGUGUGAGGGAGGAUAAAGAGUGUAUAGACCUACGCCAUUGUGAUGGAUUCUGAGCCAUGUCACCCAGAGUCUCCAACCAUUGGUUAGGAUCGUCACGCAGACCCCAACCAAGUAGUCUGCAUCUACCAACAUGUCUCACUCUAGAAGCUAGUGUCUUAAAGGACUGGUGUCACGUUUUGGCUUGGCCGCCUUUAACUUCUUAACAGCACUAAAGCCCCCAUGUAUAUCAUGUUUCUAAGCCUUUCAAAAUUAUAAUGUCUAGUACCUACGUCGAGCCCAUAUGGCUUAUUCAAGCUCCCAGACAGACCGAUUUAUUCAUUCUAUUCACGUUACAUUUUGACAUUGUCAGCCAUUUGCCUAUUAAACUUGACUGUUUUUAUGUGGGCAUAUGUGUGUGCACUGCUUACCCUACUCAUCACGUGUCUGUAACCUAUUUUUGUUUGACUAAAUAUUGAGUCACGCUUGGACAAAUCGAGUUGGCUCACUCUCUUCCACCCCGCUUUUCCACUUCAUAUUUUGGAUGUCUGUCUGGAUAAACGAAUGCUUGAAAUAAAUUCUUACAACGGAACUCGUAUUUGGCUUCUUGUUACCGCUGUCACACAAACAGGCUUAGUGUAG